AUAAAAGUGGUGGUCUCUUAUUUAACAUAGUCGACAAGCCGGCAGUCGCUCAGUCGACCACCGACCGUAACAGAGUAUUCGUAUUUCUAAGUUAACAUAUCGUUGAAUCGGCAGAACUUGGAUCGGCCCUCGACACCAUCCAUUCACAGUGAAAAGUGACAGUUGCCACUUUCGUCAUGGCUUUCUUAAUUGUCACGCUGGGGCUCCUAUUGUCGUCGAAUUUGAUCGCAGCCGGUAGUGUCAGCUACGAUGCCACUAAAGCUCCUUCAGUAUGGACCAAAGAAGAUGAUGAUACGUGCGUUGGGAAAUUUCAAUCUCCGAUUGACAUAGAAGAGAACAAUGUUGACCUUGCGUCUUACCCGGACUUGGAAUUUUCCGGUCUUCAGAAACCCCAUAAAGCUCUCAUAAUGAACAAUGGCCAUACAGUGAUGAUCCACAGUAUCGAUCCUGAAUCUCCUGAGAUAUCUGGGGCGUCCCUCAACAGCACGUACGUGUUCGAACAAUUGCACUUCCACUGGGGAGACAAUGACAGUCUAGGAUCCGAGGAUCUGAUAAAUAAUCACUCGUACUCCAUGGAAAUGCACGCAGUAUUCUGGAAGAAGGUAUAUGGCACCUACGACGAAGCCAUAAAGCACGACGAUGGUCUCAGUGUACUUGGAUACUGGUACCAGGCCACGAAUGAGCCGAAUCCAUUGUUCGCAUUGAUCGUGCCGCAAAUAUUGGAAAUAAAAAAGGCUGGUAGCAAUGGGGCGUUAAGGGAUAGCAGUGUUCUAAGCAAAUUGAUCGCUCCUGAUCUUGCAUCAGCGCAAGAUUAUUUUACAUAUAAAGGAUCACUGACCACACCUCCUUGUCUGGAGAUCGUUCAGUGGAUCGACUUUGCGAAACCUCAACAUAUUUCCCACGAACAGCUGGCUGCAUUCCGUUCUAUUCAAUCCUUUAAUGGCGAAGAUGUAACGCAUAAUUUCCGCCCAGUACAACCCUUGGACGGUAGAACGGUUUAUCGUAAUGUCCGAAAUGCACAAACUACCGCAGCUCCAGCUCUUGCCAAGAAACCAGAAAUGAUGAAUCCUCCUGCACCUAAGAAAGUGAAUACUAAUACACUUGAAGAGGCUCCUGUAGAUAAUAAGAAAGAUAAUGGACAUUCUGGGGCAAGCAUGUGGACUAUGUCACCAUUUGCAGUGAUACUUGCAGCCACUCUUGUCUUACCAUAUCAAUAAUCGGCUCAAUGUACUGGAAACUCUAGUCGAUCACAUUGACUAUUCUGUAAUUUAAAGUAAUCGAUAAGAAUUCUAAAUAAGUAUUGAUAUAAUACAUUUUCUUGUGAAAAAGGUAUUAUUUAUCUUCUUCGGGGCAUCUGUAUUCAAAGGUUCUGUUAUCUAUGAUAUUUAUUUCUAAUCUAAAUAAGAAUGGAAAUAAAUAUUUUUAUUUUUGUGCUCGCGCAAUUACGCGUAUAUUACGAUUUAGUUCUAGGGAUAUAUUAAACAAUGUACAUAAAUACUUGAAGAAAUUUUACAUUGACUGAUUUUAAACAGUAGAUACAUAUAAUCUUUCUUCACAAUGUGACAGUCAAAACAAUAGAAAUAGAAAACAAAUGAUAAUUGAAUUUGAUUGCAUCUUAUUUGAUGAAUAAAGAUAUAGAAGUAUUUUAUAAGUUAUAAAGCCUACCAAAAAUUCUAGUAUGUAUUUAUUCAACAGUUCCUACCGCUGCCAUGAUAACAUACCUUAAUCUUAUGAUAAUAUACAUAUACUUUUGUCUUAUAGAUAAUAAGUUCUCUUCAUGAAUAUGUCUAUGAAAUAUAUUGUCCUGAAAUUUAUAGUAAUCUAGACGAUAAUAAAUAAAAUUAUUACUAAUAUAUUUUA